AUGGCACAAUCAGCAACGAAAGACUCGAGCGUUUUCCACGGCUCGGAGAAUUGGGAGUCGUGGGACAGAGAAUUUCAAUCGAGAGCAAUUGCUCUAGAGCUCUGGGAUCACAUCAAUCCGGACGAUGAAGAACGAGAGGAGUGGCCAGAGCCUCCCCAGAAGCCUAAAUACAAAGAUUACCCAAAACGUCUCGAUCGCGACACUUGA